AAUACAAAAAAAAAAAAAGUCUUGGUCUAAAUGUUUCACUCCGUCACCGUCAAUACCUGUGCGAAAUUCACGAAGGAUGUUCACGUUAAUGCUAUAUUCUAGCAGGUCAAGCACUCCAAUACUCCCACACUUCCUAUAAACGGCUUAUCAUACCGUUGAGGCACUCCAAAAAUUCUCACUUUUCUCAGAGUCACAGCUUUUAGUGUUCCCUAAUUGUUUAACCUCAUCAUUAGUUACCACCUUCACCAUCUCUAUACUCUAUGGCCAAAUCCAAAAACCUCACAUAUAUUUUCACCAUCGUUCUCACCCUCCUCUUCUCAUUCGCCACAGCAAAAUCCCAUAGUUUCCAUCGAAGCAUAUCUCCAACAGCUUUGGGUCUCCAGAAGGAGAAGCUCAGCCACCUUCACUUCUUCUUCCACGACAUAGGGAGCGGUCCAAAGCCCACCGCCGUGAGAGUGGCCCAGGCCCACAUGACCAACACUUCCUCCGCAUUUUUUGGAAUUCUGGUGAUGGCCGACGACCCAUUGACCGUGGGCCCAGAACCCGGAUCCAAACUCGUCGGAAAGGCCCAAGGAAUUUACGGAUUUGCGUCCCAGGAAGAUGUGGGUUUAUUGAUGAUCAUGAGUUUCGCGUUCACCGAAGGGAAAUACAAUGGCAGCACACUAAGCUUGUUGGGGCGGAACGCGGUGUUCUCCACCGUGAGGGAGAUGCCAAUAGUUGGAGGAAGCGGGGCUUUCCGGUUCGCACGUGGGUAUGCUCAGGCCAAGACUCACACGUUUGAUUACAAGACAGGGGAUGCUGUCGUGGAGUACAACGUCUACGUGUUCCAUUAUUAACCAGUCCAUUAAGAUGUAGUGUCGUUCAAUCAAUCUCUGAUUCUUGUCUUUUUACUUUCUCGUUCUUCUUUCUUUAUUAGGCGCUUUUGGAAUUGUAAGAGCAUAUAUCACGUAAAAGAUCAAAAUCUGAUUUUAAUUAAUAAAUCUUGGGUUGUCAUAUUA